CUAAAUUAGGCUCAUUACGUUUUCUACAAGAUCCUUUGGGAUAAAAAUGUUAGCUUGAUGAAAAGAAAUGGAAAAUAAAUGCUUUUGAAUGCAGCCCAGAUAGGCCCAUCCCCCAAAAGACAGCCUGGAAUGGAAUUGAGAGUCAAUUAAUUAAGUGCACACAAAUGACUGUCUGUAUGAAUAGAAAAGUAGAUAUAAUAGCUUAUUCGAACUCGGGAUCAAUGAGACCAACUUGUUUUUUGUGCGACCUGUAAAACCAUAAAACAAUAAUACGAAAACAAGUUUAUCUCACGUGAAUCCAAGGUGAUUAUUAGGGUAGCUUUAACUUAGACUUGAGAUAAGCCAUUUGGGUGUGGUUAUAAGACAACAUUCUGUUCCUAGUCGACUUUUUCUACUAAAAAAAGGAGUAAAAUAUCCAAGAAUCAAACACUUACCUCCUCCUGCUGCUGGCUGCUCUGCUACUGCUGUCACUCUCUACCUUCCAAUCAUCCACACAUAACCAAACCCUCAUCUCAUCUUCUCCAAAUCUUUCAUCAAAAUGGCGGAUUCCCAUUUCUCUGUGAACCUCGGCCUUUUCUUUACUGGUAAUCUAAUCUUGACCUCAAAUGGCAGAUUUCUCUUGUUUUUGUUGCUUAAUUUUCUUUUUUUCUUUGCUACAGGGUUUUUGUUUCCGGUGUUGGUAUCUUCAGUGGGGAUAAACUAUGGCCAGAUCGCCAACAACCUUCCGUCGCCGGAACAUGUAGUUCCGUUGGUCAAAGCCAUCGGUGCUAACAGAGUUAAGCUCUAUGACGCCGAUCCCAAAGUCCUGAAGGCCUUCGCCAACACUGGCGUUGAGUUCAUCGUCGGACUUGGGAACGAAUACCUAUCCAAAAUGACAGAUCCAGCUAAUGCUCAAGCUUGGGUCAAAUCUAAUGUUCAAGCUUACUUGCCGGCCACGAAAAUCACCUCCAUUGCCGUCGGCAACGAGGUUUUGACGUUUAAUGAUACUUCUCUUUCCGGCUGCUUGCUUCCGGCGAUGCAGAGUGUACACACUGCUCUUGUUAACCUCAAAUUAGACAGUCAAGUUACUGUUACCACUGCACAUUCUGUUGCUAUACUCCAAUCUUCAUAUCCGCCGUCCACCGGAGCUUUCCGGCAAGAUCUAAAAGGAUGCAUAUCUCCGAUCUUAGAUUUCCUUUCGAAAACCUGUUCUCCUUUUCUAAUUAAUGCCUAUCCGUUCUUCGCAUAUAAGGCGGAUCCGAAGCAAGUUUCGCUCGAUUUCGUUCUGUUUCAGCCGAAUGCCGGAAUUGUAGAUCCCGGCAACAAUUUACAUUACGACAACAUGUUGUUUGCUCAGAUCGAUGCGGUGUACGCCGCUCUCGCGUCGCUAGGUUACAAGAAGUUGCCGGUGCAGAUCUCGGAGACUGGUUGGCCGUCCAAGGGAGACGAAAACGAGGUGGGAGCGUCGCCGGAAAACGCGAAGAAGUACAAUGGAAACCUCUUGAAACUGAUUAAUCAGAAGAAAGGAACUCCGGCGAGACCUAACUCCGAUUUGAACAUCUUCGUGUUCGCUAUGUUCAACGAGAACAUGAAGCCCGGACCGACAUCGGAAAGGAAUUACGGUCUAUUUAAACCAGACGGAACUCCGGCAUAUGGGUUGGGAUUCUCCGGAAUCGCGGUUUCCAGCGGGAAUUCGACAAGCUCAGGUAGUAGUAGCCCCAAAACGGAUGGUCCUUCGAUAUACUUAUCGCCGCCGGCGAACUCAUCGAGUGGGUACCUGGCUAUUUCAUCGUCGACGGAAAGAUAUGUUUGGAGCAAAUGGGGAAGAAUGGGGAUGGGGUUGAUCUCCAUGGUCAUGGCCUUCCAUGUUUGAAUAUGUAUGUAUUGGAGUGGAAGAGACAACAUGGCAUAUUUAUAUUCAAAUGAUGUGGUCUUCUUCCUUGCUUCCUUUAUGUAGUUUGGAAAUUCUUUAAUUGGAUCCUUUCUUUUAAAUGAAACCCUAUUAAUUUAUAUU